AUGCUCCUUGGCGAACCCAGCCAGGUCCUUGUCGCCAUUCAAUUGGACGGUUACGGGUACCAAAUUCUUUACUUUGAUUUCACCAAGCAUGUGAACAUGUGGACCUAUGGCGACUUUGCGGGUAGUACGGUAAACAAGACCGUGCCCAGCGACCCGUGGAGUCAGACCGGUCGAAGAAAUACUCCUUUUGACCAAGAGUUUUAUCUUAUCCUCAAUGUGGCCGUUGGUGGCACAAACAACUAUUUCCCCGAUGAACUUGGUGGUAAACCCUGGGUUGAUGCAAGCCCCAGUGCUAUGAAGGAAUUCUACCUGGCCCAAAGCUCCUGGCUUCCUACAUGGGGUACCCCCGAAGAGCGCGGCAUGAUCGUCAAAUCGGUGAAGAUGUGGCAGCAAGGAGCUUGUGCAUGA